GGGAUGCCUACAUAAACAAUACAAACUAAUAACUCGUUAUGCCCAAUUUUACGUUUAAUGGACGUAAAGUAAUUAUGCACUUGUAGGAUAGGGAUAAUGCCACGUUAAUGGAACGAGGCUUUUAGUAUUAUUCCGGUGACUGCAGGGUUAGAGGACGGCUGCUGUGACGCUGAACCGCUGACCCGCACCAACCAUGGCGGACAUCGCAGCUCGCCCGACCACUCUCCGGCAGACCUUCAGAAAAUUCUUAGUGCUAAGUUCUCUACGAGGAGUUGGAAGGAUACUUAAGGCGAGGAAUUCAUUUCUUUCGGUAUUAUGGGCAGUGACUGUGUUAUCGUUUUUGUCCGUUUCACUAUUUCAAGUUAUAACGUUGAUUCAAAACUAUUUCAAAUACGUUACUAUCAAAGAACAGACUAUUAUCACAAAAGACUCAGUCCCUUUUCCCAGUUUAACUUUAUGCAAUCUUCAACCAUUCCGGCCAGAAGCGAAGAAACUCUCAGCGAAACUUGACAUGAUUACCAUAGAUGAAUUUCUCAAUAUAAUGGCGAUCAUGCCGGACUUUGUGGCGGAUAAAAGCCUAGCUGCAUACUUUGCGAAUGUUCUUUCAACAAAUGUCGGCUAUUUCGAAAACCAGGAGAGGGAGUCAAUUAUAAAACUCGGACACGAUGCAAAAACAUUUGUCGAACGAUGUCAGGCCAAGAUAUUAAUCAACGACUCAGUGCGCCUUCAAGAUUGUAGUGAUCACCUGAGAUUGUUUGUGGAUCCCCAGUACCUGAAUUGCUAUACCGUCGAGCAUGAGGGACGCGGGAAAGUUGUCGAAUUGGAAUUAACCAUCUUUCUGGACGAUUACAUUGUACUGAAUUACUCUCCUCUCUACGCCAAUGAUAUCAACUCACAGAUGCAUGGAAUGAAAAUGGUGAUACACGAACCGAAGACUUAUCCCGAUAUAGAAAGCAGCCGUAACGCAUGGGACUUGCAACCCGGAGCUUCCUACAAAUUCGUCCUGCGCACGUCCAUCUGGCGCCGGAAGGGGCCACCCUACGGAAGGUGCGCGGAUAGAGACAGGACCGCAGCAGUCAUAACGCUAGAAGAUAACAGCACGUACAAUUAUGACAGCGGGACUUGUAAGGCUCUAUGUAUUCAGGAAAAAAUACUUAAACACUGCGGCUGCAAAGAUUCGCGGCUGCCGUUUACAACGGAGCAAAAGCUGAAAUAUGAAAAUGUGGAUUACUGCAGCAGUUUAAAAAAUGGUGAUUCGACUAAAAUCGCCAAUCUGAUAAGUUGUAUGGAUGGGACGAAGUUGACAUCGGGUGGUAAAGUGUGUACGGCCGAUUGCUUAGAGCCGUGCCUGCAGUAUGAUUUUCAGUUAUAUUCAACAAUGUCAAGAUGGCCGCACGCGUCAUUUCAACUUCCGCUUUUCCAAAGGCGGAGUUCGCAAAUGGAAAAGGAUGCUCGCGAUAAGGGGGAAGCCGAUUCGACGGAUAAUUACUCAAUCGGUGUGGAAGGUGGUUCAGGGGGUACAGGGAGUGGGGAUGAGAAUGGUGAGUUCGCUUAUAAAUAUACUGAUAGAAUUUCGCCUUUAGACAGCCAUUACGAAAAGAUAAACACUAUAGUGCAAAAUGCAAUCGCAAAUGAUAGUGAAGAAGCAAAAAUGGAGGAGGCAAGGAAAAUGUUGUUGACUUCUGAUCUUAUGCAAAGAAAUUUUAUCAAAAUUAAGGUUGUUCGGCCUAGUCAUGAUGUGAUGUAUGUCGAGGAGGUCCCGGAGUUAGGUAUAUCAUCCUUUUUGAGCGGCAUUGGAGGCGCAAUGAACUUCUGGAUGGGAAUAACCCUCGUCGUCGUCAUGGAAUUAGUAGAACUUGUGUUUGAUCUUUUUGACCUCGCGUUUGGAGAAAAAAAUGGCAAAAAGCGAAAGGCGGCGCAUAAUAACUGCGAUGCUGAGGACAAAAACAGCAACGAGGCUGUUCGAGUAUAAUGGUAUCCCGCCUACGUCACGUUUGUUUGCCCUUGUCGGUUGAAGCCUAUAUCAACCCCUGUUACAGCCGUUCCGUGGGGGUCGAUGUUGUCAAGAUUUAAUCAGAUGGCCCUUUGUUAAGACAGUAGAACAAAAGGAAUUCAGGCCUACAUGUAGGUGCGAGCGGUUUGAUUGAAGAAAAUAGACCGUGUCUUGGGUUAGGCCUGAAUUCUUUUUAACUGUGAGGUAAAUGGGCAAAAAACGUAAUGUGUUUCUCUGUCUGUGAUUCUUUGUAAAGGAGCUCCAUCUGAAUUUUGUAACGAAAUGUUUUCCCUACAUGUAAAAACAAUGUACUCUAGCUUACAUGUCACGGUUUCGGAGGUGGAGCGCCUUGACCGCCAAUGCAUUUCUAAGCUAUUUAGCAGUUAAUUUGACGUUUUUGACAGCGUCACAUCAAUUUAUGUAUGAGGUUCAGAAUCUGAUAUUUAGAUGUGAUAGUCUGAACUGUGUGGCUAGUAACUGGAGUGAAAUAGUAACAUGAUUAAGGGGUAGUUGGUAUGAUUACAGAAAUUCGGAAAUCGGACCCGGUUGAGAGGUACAAAAGGGAAAUUUAGGGCAGAGCCUUGUAGGUAUAUGGGAAUCUCGGAAAAAUUGGACAUUAUUGGAAACUAUUUCCUUCCCAAUUUGUGAACUGCUAGCGAAUUUCAUGGAAAAUUGCCCCUCUUUUCCAUGGCCUCAUGGAUCUAAAAAGAAAGAUAAAAUGCUACAAAAAAUGGCUUACUGAUAUAAGUUCGGGUGAUCGAUGAGGCUGAGGCGGCACCCGAACCUAAAAUAUGGCGGUAAGGGUGUGAGCCAACUAAUUGUGUUGCCAAAGUUCUCUCCCAUUUCAUCGGAUGAAGAUAUUGGAGAAGAUGUAUGUCCCAUCAUUUAUUAACUCAACGGCAUACGCUGAUUCCAGGCGGUUUCUCGGGUUUUAGUCAGAAUAUGUCCCAAUAAAAUUUCACACUGCUGGAAACUUUGACGAUUUAUAGAUGCGCUACUUGGGAUUUUUUAAUCUAUAAAUCCACUCUCGUUCAUCAUGGUCACAAUGACGGUGUCAAAUUGAUCAGUAGUAGCGCAUACAAAAUACCUCGCCAGCAUUGAUGAUUGCGGGAUGAUUAUCCAAAUCGCAGGCCGCAUUUGUCAGCACAUUCAGUCUCUAUUCCCACCGAUCGAAAGGUUGAUGAUCCAUCGAGAAUGGUUAAAAAACUUUUUAGUGGGGUAUACACGGAACCCAAUUUAGAGCAAAGAAGAUUGAUGAUAUUUAACGGUCCUCCCGAGAUAGAUUUAGCAUGCUUGAUUGGACUCAGAGAUUAAAGUGUUAUUCCUUCAAUGAAUUUGGGCAUUUGGGCAUUGGAGAAUUUUAGGCCGGGCCAAUUUUGCGAGUGACGCUUUCGUGAGGGAGGAUUUGGUUUUCGAGGGAAAACAUUUUGAAAUUUUUUAAUCUAGCAUGGCAUCUUCACCAUAUAUUUGACUGCAGGCACCACUGACGAUCUUUUCCGUACGCACAGGAGUUGCCAAGGGUGCGCGCGUACGCAUGCGUUCGGGGAUCGAGAAAAAUUGGAAAAUAUUGCGAACGUACAGUACAUCGCGAUGUACAUGUACAAUUAAUGGCCGGCUCCUUAUGCGUGUCGUGUUCGAGAAGUCCAGUGUGAAUGUGGCCUGCUUGGUGUUUUAGUCAGAGAGCGUGAAUGUGUGGAAAUAUAUGGAAGUAUGGAGAGUGUCCCCAUGAAAUUGAAAAUCCAUCAUAAAUUUAUUUGACGAGUUUUGUCUGUGUAUAAUGCGUAGUCAAUCUUUGUUGAUAGCAGCAAUGAUUCCCUUAAUGCAUACUUAGUAGCACACAAAGACAAAAUACUGCGCAUUAUGCGACUCAUCCGUAAAAGCUAUUCGGCGAUAGCUAUAUAGAGCUCUGCGGUAUCUUAAAAGUCCAAGCCAAUAUGGCGAAAACAACUUUUCAUCAGCAUAAGUAAUUUCACUGAAACUUAUUGUCCCUUUUGGGCGAUGGAGCGUAAAGCAUUGUCCCUUCGAGAAUGUGAAAGUGAUACGUUAUAAUCAUGUUUGCCGACAUACAUUGUAUACUAAGUCUUGCAAAUGAGUAUUUGGUUGAUUUGAUAAUCAAAUAGCUAUCAGUCUCCGAAAAGCCGUUAAUAGACUCCCAGCCCAUGCUCGUCCCGGGCCUUGGUCAGGAUAAGUCAAUUUUCUUUUUCAUUAAUCGUCUUUUGCUCGCAUCCCCUGUGACCUUAUUUUUGAUUAAUUCAAAUCGGUCCUAUUGUCAAUCUGUAGAGUAGAAGUUUUAGACACUCCUUCCGUAUGGUUGCGGGCCUUUGGGAGCGUAUUUUAGAAAUGAUACAAGAGCUUGCUGUGGGAGGAUGAAAGGCGAGGUUCCGCGGUGUGUUCAUUGAUUCUUGCCAAUCAUCGCCGCAAACGAACGAAUUUUGUUGCAUGCGAUCAUGAUUGCCGGUCGCAGAAAUUUGAAUUGCUCGUCUGCGGUGCGGCUAUUCAACCUUUAUUAGUUUUAUUGUUUUCCAUAAAAUCGCGACCGAUAUUACCAGGUGAUGUAGAUUUCAUCGAUAGAUUGGCAAUAUUUCGUGUCACAUGCAUCAUUUUAGUCAUAAGAGCAUUGACCACCUGGUGUUUUUCGCAUUGUGCUCUAGGUAAUCACGAUUUGUGCAAAUUUUUACUUGUAAAUAUUCCGAUUCGUGCAUGUUUUGGUAUCCUUAAUACUGUACAACGUCUGUAACGGUUUUCACAAAAAGAACUUAAAUAAAUUGCUAA